AUGCCCGGCUAUGAUAGCGAAAGGUUUGUCGACUUGAGUCAAUCAGAUAAGGAGGAGUUGAUGUGCAGUAUAUGUCAGGACAUACUGUGCGCUCCAGUGGUGGCCAAAUGCUGUCGGCAAACAUUUUGCGAGGACUGUAUCAACAAUUGGCUCAGCUCUGAAAGUACCUGUCCCUACGAUCGCCAGCCAUUGGGCACCGAUGGCCUGUCACCACCGCCACGCUAUGUGUCAACUGUCAAAAUAAACAUAUAUUUACCUGGUAAUUAUGUUUAUCCAAAAAAUAGUAUCUUGCUCAACAUGCUGUCCAAACUGAACAUGACAUGCGAUUUCAAGGACAACGGCUGCAAAGAGGUGGUGACACUGGAACAGUUGGCCCAACACAGGUACCGGUGCCCAUACGGGUUGGGCAAAUGCAAACAGUGUCUGUGCAGCGAACAAAAGUAUGGCCACAAUUGUUUGCAAUCAUUGCUGCAAACGAACCGCAAGUUUCUGGCAGAGAAUCGGCUCCUGAAGCACGAGCUCCUGCUGUCGAUGGCCAGCACUUCCGGUGUCAGCGGCGGUGCUGUCGAUGUCGGCGAUGAGAUACUGGUGGCCACUAAAGAGCUCCAGAGAUUAAUCGAUGAGAACAUCGAGUUAAAAGCCGCCGGAGAUAUCGGUAGUAAGCGUACGCUUACCCGCGGCGCCGGCGGUAUCGGUGAUGAGCCGCCCGUCAACGCGGGCUGUUGUGUCAUA